AUGGAAGAAGAAAAGUGUCGAGGUUUACUACGAAUUGUGAGUGAAGGUCCAUGGUCAAAUGUGCAAGAUCGUUCACGAAUGUGUGCCGUGUGUUGCAGCCGCUCGAGCGACCUGGACGAUGACGCGGGCGACGACGCCAAGUCGGUGCGCACCAAUGAGGAGAGCAAGAAGCAGAACCACAGCGAGAUCGAGAAGCGGCGGCGGGACAAGAUGAACACGUACAUCACGGAGCUGUCGGCCAUGGUACCCAUGUGCCACGCCAUGUCGCGCAAGCUGGACAAGCUGACGGUGCUGCGCAUGGCGGUGCAGCACCUCAAGACCAUCCGGGGCGCCGUGCACUCGUACACCGAGGGCCACUACAAGCCGGCCUUCCUCUCCGACCAGGAGCUGAAGACGCUCAUCUUGCAGGCGGCCGAGGGCUUCCUGUUCGUGGUUGGGUGUGACCGCGGCCGCAUCCUGUACGUCUCCGAGUCUGUAUCGCAGGUGCUCAGCUACUCGCAGGGCGACCUGCUGGGCCAGAGCUGGUUCGACAUCCUGCACCCGAAGGACGUGGCCAAAGUGAAGGAGCAGCUGUCGUCGUCCGAUCUCAGCCCCCGGGAGCGACUCAUCGACGCCAAGACGAUGCUCCCGGUGAAGACGGACGUGCCGCAGGGAGUGUCGCGGCUGUGCCCCGGCGCACGGCGCUCCUUCUUCUGUCGCAUGAAGUGCAAGUUGUCGGUGCAGGUGAAGGAGGAGGCCGACACUACCACGGGCUGCCAUCGCCGAAAGAAGCAGCAGAACCUCGGUGAGUACCGCUCUCUUCUCCUAUCGCUAGGAGACUUGGAACGCCAGGAUUUUAAUGUAGGGCGAAUUGACUUUCUAUCACGUGGGACGCCAAUUGGGAGUUUCAGUACCAAACCUUGCUCGGAGUCAAUUCGCCCUCCAUUUCAAUGCGAGUGCAGCGCCGAGAGUGAGAGCCGCCCUCGCCCUCCGUUCGCAGACCGCAAGUACUGCGUGAUCCAGUGCACGGGCUACCUCAAGUCGUGGGCGCCGGCCAAGAUCGGGCUGGAGGAGGCGGAGGGCGACGGGGACGGGGAGGCGUGCAACCUGUCGUGCCUGGUGGCGGUGGGGCGGCUGCAGCCCACGCUCGGCGGCGCGGCGGCGGCGCAGGCGGCGGCGCAGGCGGCGGCGGCGGUGGGGGCGGCGCGGCGGCGCAAGUGCGGCGGCGCAGGCGGCGGCGCCAGGGCGGCGGCGUGGGGCGGCGGCGGGGCGGCGGGCAGCGGCCGCCGGCUCGGCGGGCUCGGGCCGGGCGACGACGAUAGGCAGCGCUCGCGCCCGGCCCCGCCGGCCGCACUGCGCUGCCAUUCAGUUCAUCUCCCGCGCACGCCAUGGGACCGGCAAGUUCCUCUUCGUAGACCAGAGGGGACACCGCUCUUAUUCGCCAUGAUUCUCACUAUUGUCAACAACAGACCACCAGACAACCACAUAACAACAACUUCAAAAUUACGGUGUCCGAUUCAACGAACACAACUGGAUCACCUUAUCUCGAACGAGUUCGCCUUCUUUAGCCGCCAUAUUGACUUCGAAAAACAGCAUGCCUUGGCAACACUUGUGCUGGGCUUCCUUCCGCAGGAGUUGCAUGGCACCUCAAUGUAUGAAUAUUAUCACCAUGAAGAUAUCUCAUUAUUGGCCGAAGCUCAUAAAGUGGCGCUGCAGGGAUCUGAACGUGUCAUCACACAGGUAUACAGGUUUCGCAGCAAGGAUGGUUCCUUUGUGCGGUUACAGAGUGAAUGGAAAUCCUUCCGAAACCCAUGGACAAAGGAUGUAGAAUACUUAGUAGCUAAGAAUUCUCUUGUUUUGACGGAGCAUGUGGCAGAAAGCACCCUUUUGAGACCUGAAUGUACCUCACACACAAGCUUCGACUACUUCUCACAGUGUGAGUUACGAAGCCCAGCAAUGCAGGGCAGGCAAGGUUGGCUUGCAGGCAAGUACUUGGAGUUCUGUUACUAUCCAACAGUGCGAGAUGACAUGAGUAGUGGUUCCAUGGCAGCUGUGGCAGCAGCAAAUGGGGGCCGAGAUAUUCAAUGCCUCAUCAAAACACAUGUUGAGGCAAGUAAAAUUGGUCGCCAAAUUGCCGAGGCUGUUUUAGACACUCAACGACGGGGCAGUGACUCCUCAUCAGGUGUAGGUAGUCCUUCACCUGGGGCAGAUACAUUUUUUGGAGUGCAACCACUGUCCAAUCUGGAGCCUCAGAUCUCUACUAGUGCUGUUAUGGGUGAUCGUCAGCAACCUAACCGUUUUAUGAUGCUGAGACCUAAUCAUAAUAACAACAAUCCAUCUAGUUUCAACAAUAUUCGUAAUAAUGUUCAACUGUCUGGGGCCAGUGAUCCAGGUGUGGAAGCUGAUGAUAUGAUGGAGAUGAUUGGAGGGUCUAUUCUUCCUGAUUCACCUCAUCCCUAGUUGGCUUCUAAUGAUGGAACGAUGAGGCUGCUAUGGCUGUUAUCAUGAGCCUACUGGAAGCUGAUGCAGGUUUAGGUGUCCUGUGGAUUUCUUGGAUUACCAUGGCCUUUCGCCUAACACCUUAUUCAUAUUACUGAAGUGCAUCAAAGAGGUGGGGUGAGUGAACACUAGUGUCACGUCUUGUCAAGUCAAAAGUGAAAGUGACUGGCCAGUAACGCAAUUUUCUGUGAUUGUUGUAUCCUUCUCAAUAGUGAGUUGUCCAGGUACCUAAUACAAGCAUGACCUCUUGAUAUAUUUUGAUGUUAAUAUAAGAAAACAUUCAAGUGUCUGUUGUAAUGAGGGCAUUUUAGUUCAGUGUCUCGUAUGGUUAUGAAAGCAAUGUCAAUGAGAAAAGUUAUGAUGUCUGUCUCUCCCUUGUGAAAAUGCACAAUGUGGCAAUUUGUUGUCUUUAUGAGAUUCAUCUUAGACAUGGGUUAGGCUGAAUACAUAUCAGAAAUUCUGAAGAAAGCACAAGGUAAUCAGCAUAGAGGCCUUAUUUGUGCAAAAGGGCAGUGUACAACAACUCUGACCAAUUUAAUUUUUUAUGAUGUACGUAGUUGUGCAGAGAGAAAUAUAUUUGAAAAUAAAAUAUAUUCUCAUAUACAUUUUUAACAAACCCUGUAGUUCACCAGCCAUAAUAAAUCGGCUAUACGAAGAAACAUUAUGAGCAACAGAUUUUUUAAUAUAUUUUACAGUUUUGUGGUGCAGCAUUCUUCUAAGUGGGAGAAAAUAUUUAUAGUUAGUAAUUACAAAAAUGUUGUGCUGUAUGUCUUUGAUAUGAUUUGCAGCACUGUGUGUGCCAUGUGAUGUUUAUAAAAUGAUGGAAACACAUUGAAUACUCCUUUGAAGAGAGGUGAAGUUAUUUUCAUGACAGUGUAUUAUUAAAAAUGCAUUAGUUGAGAAAACAAUGCUAUAUUUCGGUUUCAGAAUGGUCAGUUUUAUAGUGAGUUAGAAAAUGGAGCAUAAAUUAUUUCAACUGCAAGUGAAAAUAGCAAAAUAAACUUAUUUGAAGCGAGUAAACUAUUUACAUCAUGAAAAUGGCAGGACAUAACUUGUACUUUAUACUAGUCAGGCAUGCAAAUUAUGAAAUAAUGUAUAUCUCUUUCCAGUACCUUCUUAUUUGGAAACAUUGCAGAGAUUGAAUCAUUUUGAUUCAUGAAUUGUAUCUUUGUUAAUAAGUCCACACAAAAAUAAAUUUUGAGAAUAUUAAAAGAAUACUUUAUUUUGCUCAAAGAUGAUACA